AUGGGCCUCGACGCGUCGGAGCCGGCGCCGGCGCUGCCGUCGUUCGCGCUGAGCUUCCCGGUGCAGGUCGCGGCGAUGGGCAUCGUGCUUGCGAUGGCCGUCGUCAUGACGCUGCACCUCGUGUUUACGGCGCCGUUUCACUACCCCCUGAGCAGGCUCAACUUUAUUUUGCAGCUCACCGGCACGCUCCUGUUUUUGGUCAAUGUCGCGGCGUCGCUCGGUGUGGUGCUGCGGGACUUGCGGCAUUACGCGCAGGUGUGGCCCCAUGUGAUGCCGUACGCGUCCGAGCCGCUCCCGCCACCCGUCGGCCGCUGGACAGUGGCGCAGGUGGUCUUUUUCACGCUCCUGCAGUCGGCGACCACCGCCUCGGCUCAUAUCACGCAUAUCCAGUUCCUCACGCUGCUAUUUCCGUCCGCGCUCGAGAAACGGCUUAUCCUGUGGAUGCUCGGGCCGUUGGCGCUUGUCCAGGCGGGCAUGUUUUUUACGAGCCUCGCUGACCAACGCAAUGUCAAGGUGCUCGACCUGGGCGAUGCGAUCCAGAACAUUUGCGAGAGCACCCUCGCACUCCUCUAUACCAUUGCGCUCGUGGUAUGGGGAACCUUUGUCAACUGGCGCCGCGCAUGGCGCACAGACGGUGCGACGGCCAUGUUUGGCGCCGCGGCGCUCUUUCUCGCCUUCGUCAAGACCGUGAUUAGUUUCGUGCACAUUGUGUACGACCGCACCUACUGGAUCCAGCUGAUCUCGUGGGCGCUUACUGUCUGGCAGAGCUGGCUGGGCUUUUGGUGGUGGGUGAGCGCUGGCAUGGGCAUUGGCGAAGUUGAAGACCGGCUGCGGCGGCAGGAGCGCGCGCGCCAGCGACACGCACGCCGCCAGCGCCGCCAGUGCAAGCAGGAGCCGUCCGACUCGACCGACGUCUCGUCCACGGCACUGCAGCGCCUCUUGGGCACGCUGAGCCCCCGGCGCACGUCGACGGUCGGCGAGUCGAUCCCGAUGGCGGCGCGCCCGUCGCACCAGAACGAGGACGCACCGCAGGCGCCGCAGACCGGCGACAGUCCGCUCUCCGAGGUGCUUACGCACAGCGAGACGCAGCCCGAGAGCGCCUCGAGCGGGCUGAGCCAGCACACGACCACGUACGGCACCGCGUCCGAGGUGCUGCCGUGGGUCGUGCGCAUGGGCCGUGUGAUCGAGCGGCACCAGCCGAAUAUCAUCCGGCAGCGCCUCGACCGGCUGCGCAUCGCCCACCAGCGCGCGGCGAUGCAGGCGGUGCCGCGCCAGGCGAGCGCCUAUGCCCAAGUCACGAACCGUGCCGGGGAGGCGGGCCCGUCGGUGCUCGGCAUGCAAGGCACGCGCCCGCGGCUUACCAGCAAGGCGCUGGCGCCGAAAAGCGACGAGGAGAACGCGAUUGCCCGCAUGCGGCUGCAGGACCGCACGACGUACGACUAG